GAUACACAGUUUGGACGAUGCUGUCAGGACUCAGGAGGACCUGAAGGAGCAGGUGGCCAUGGUGGAGCGCAGAGCAAACCUGCUGCAGGCUGAAAUUGAGGAGCUUCGGGCAGCCCUGGAGCAGACGGAGCGCUCGAGGAAACUGGCCGAGCAGGAGCUGCUGGAUGCCACUGAACGUGUGCAGCUGCUCCAUACCCAGAACACCAGCUUGAUCAACACCAAGAAGAAGCUGGAAACAGACAUUGCCCAAAUUCAGAGUGAAAUGGAGGAUACGAUCCAGGAAGCCCGCAAUGCUGAAGAGAAGGCCAAGAAGGCCAUCACAGAUGCAGCCAUGAUGGCAGAAGAGUUGAAGAAGGAGCAGGACACCAGUGCCCACCUGGAGAGGAUGAAGAAGAACCUGGACCAAACGGUGAAGGACCUGCAGCACCGUCUGGAGGAGGCUGAGCAGUUGGCCCUGAAGGGAGGCAAGAAGCAAAUCCAGAAGCUGGAGGCCAGAGUGCGGGAGCUGGAAGGGGAGGUCGAUGCUGAGCAGAAGCGCAGCGCUGAGGCCGUGAAGGGUGUGCGCAAGUACGAGAGGAGGGUGAAGGAGCUGACCUACCAGGAGGAGCUGUCCAACGUCAACCUCUCCAAGUUCCGCAAGAUCCAGCACGAGCUGGAGGAAGCCGAGGAGCGGGCUGACAUUGCGGAGUCGCAGGUCAACAAGCUCCGAGUGAAAAGCCGAGAGUUUCAUGGCAAGAAGAUUGAAGAGGAAGA